AUGGAGCCUUGGUCACGGGGUAGUGAUGACACAGGGGCCUAUAUGGCUCAUUUUCAGAGUUCAUUCGUCGUCGACCUACCAACCGGGGUGGGAGGUGCGUCUGCAAGAUGUCCUCCGACCGAUGCAAUUUCUACGAUGUCCAACUCAAAUAUCACCGGUGAAGAUCAAAAUCCUGAAAGUUUCACCGCAGGGCCUGCCUCUCUAUAUACAACCGGAAUAUCGUCUCCUGCUCUACAGGAAAUCGUCGAUGCAAAUGAGUCUCUGUAG